AUGUCUCUCCAAUACAACUUCAGCGGUAAAGUAGUGCUGAUCACAGGCUCGAGUUCAGGUAUCGGUGCCGCCACUGCCGUACAGUUCUCCAGAGCCGGUGCUAAUGUUGUGGUCACCGGUAGACGAGCCGAUAAAGUGUCAGAAGUGGCCAAAGAGUGUCUCAAAGUAUCACCGAAACAGUCGAAAGCACUGGAAGUGGUGGCGGAUGUGACUAAACCGGAAGACUUGCGACGACUUAUCAACAUAUAUAGUACAUUGUAA